CGAGACAAAGGGAGGUUACUCUUGCGAAAGCGUUCUGGUUGUUGUGGGGCCGAUACAAAAAUAAACGGAUUGUUUACAUAUUAGUUUGAGGCGUUUUCGGCAUUUUGUGGACAUGAUUCUUCGAAGACCCUAUUUGAAGUAAAAACACAUAGAUCAAUAUGUGAUUUCAUUAGUUAAAUUGAAAGGGAAUACGCGCAAAUGGCUUCGUCCGCAGGAUUUUCAAUUGCCACUUCCCCACCCGGUGCCAUCGGUGGCGGACUAAGUCCACUGAAGGCUGGAAAAGCAAGCACCAUCAGGAAAGCGCCAACAGCUGCACAACUUCUCGAGCAGAUUCGUCAUCUGGAAGCAGAGGGAAAUAAAUUAAGAUCAGAUACAUUAGGGAUAGGUGCACCAACAAUGUUUAAUGCACUUACAGAUCUGAACAUGUCUUCAAGUGCAGAAAAAUCUGAGUUGCCAAAGUUUUCCUCCACCUCACCAUCAACAUUAUCUGCUCUUGUCGACUACUCCAGUGAACAAAAAACAAUAUCUGACUUGAGAAUACAGCUUGAACAACAGCGCAAAGAGACAGAGCGACUUACCUCCCAUUUUCACACAGAUGGAUUCAGUACAAGCACCUCAAGAGCUGGGACCAUACUUCACCUGCCUAUCAGCCCAUCCAAAACAGGAUUCUCUACAUUGCCAUCAACUGAGUUGUUCAGUUCUCGUCGGCCAGCUAGUGUGACCGGAGCAACAGGUGCCAUGGAAAUUGGUCCACCGUCCCAUUUGGAGAAAGUAUUAAAAGAUUCCCAGGAGCAAGUUGCAGAUCUUAGACGAAGACUCAUGGAAGCAAACGAGCAGAGUGAAUCCCAGAAGCGCCAGUUCCGCCUGACCGUUGAGGAUCUGAAGGCAAAGCUCCACGAUACCACGUCUAGUCGAGAUUCUGCGCUCGAACAACGUCAGAAGGAGUGCACCCAGCUGGAGAUGAGGAUUGCAGAGCUGAACGCCACCGUCAAGGAGCUGCAGAACAAACUGAGGGUCCAGGAACAGUUGGAGAGAGAGGUACAAGACCUGAAGCAGGCACAGAGCACAGACCAACACAGCCUGUCCUUCGAGUACAAACAGAAAGAAGACGAGACCUUGUCUCUUUGUAAAAGGAUCACUCAAAUGACGGCGGACCAUGAGCGCCAGAUGACCACUAUCAAUGAGAGAGCCAACAACGCCCGCAAGCAGGCCGCCUCCUUGGAGUCACAGCUCUCCAACAUUCAGGGGCAGCACCAGCAGCAGCUCAAGUUGAAGGAGGAAACAGUGACAGACCUGGAGAACAAGAUACGUCACCUGAGAGAGGAGCUGCAUGAGGAGAGGGACAAGUACAGCAGCAAGAGAGAGUCUUUGGAACACAAACUAAGUGAGACAGAAAAGGAGAUGUCCAAGUUGCGGACAGAACGUGAUGAGGCGAUCAGAAAUCACUCCAACAUGGAAUCCAAGGUGGCAGAUCUUCAGCUGACAAUCAACCGACUCACAAAGGACAUAUCAUCAGAGAAGGAGAGUUCGGGCAAGUUCUGGGAGAGAGAGGGAGAACUGCGGGCAAAGCAGGCCCAACUGGAGGCCAGGUUGGAGGAGAAGACACGCGACGUCGACAGGCUCGAGAAGAUGCUUGCCUCUGUCAAACAGGAGUGUAGUGCCACCGUCUCGGAAAAGGUGUCCAUGAUCGAGAAGCAAGAACGUGAGCGACACAUGGAGAAAAUAGGCAGCCUAACGCAGCAACUCAGCGAGGUCAGUCAGAAGUGCAACCGGAUAUCCCUCGAGCUAGAGACCACAAAAGCAGAGCAAAAGGAUCUUAAACACCAGACUCGAGAGUCCAGCGAUCGGGCAGACACACUGAAAGUCCAGUACGAGGCCACGAUAGCAGAGAGAAAGCAUCUCACUGACAUGCUCACCGCGAAGUCGUCAGAUUUUGACCGGGUGACCCAGGAGCGUGACUACUACUUCAACAUCAUGGAGCAGAAGAAUAGUGAGCUUGGGCAACUGAAAAUGACACGCGAGAGACUGACGAUUCAAAUCGAGGAGAAAGAGAAAAGUUCCACUGCCUUACAAGAGCAGUUGACUAGUCUGCAGCAAAUGUUCGAGGCUAACGCUAGAAACGCAGAUAACCUCCAAGAGGAGCGAGACGUGCUGGUGCAUCAGCUGCAGGAAAUGACGAGCGCCCUUGAAGAGCUGAGGGCAACCAAGGACACCAUGGCAAAGAAGAUGAAGAUCAGGGAGAAGCGCGUGAGGGAAUUGGAGAUGGAGCGACAGAAGAUGGUGGGAGAGGUGGACCUGAAGGGUCAGGAAAUGGCCAUCAUACAACAAGAGAAAGAAACUUUGUUUAAGGAGCUGAAAGAUAGCAGGUAUGAGGUCUCAAGCCUAACAGAGGAGAGAGACAGCCUAAAAAAAGAGCUGGAGAGUCAGAAAUACCAGCUGGAGAGGACCAUCUCUAAACUGCAGUAUCGACUCAAAUCUACAGAGCAAGACCUUGGCAUGGCACAGAAGGCCUUACGCAAACGGGAAGCAGUGGACAACUCAGCGGUGAAAAUAGCUGACAAAAUGCAGAAGGAAGUGACUGCAAAGCGCAGUCUGAUUGACACGAUGCAGUCCAAGAUUCGCUGGUACCAGGAGCAACUGGACAAUGUCCUAAAGGAGAAGGGGAGUGUGGAAGGCGAUAAGGAAAAGCUGAAAACGAGUCUCAACAAGGCCCUUGUGCAGAAUCAACAGCUAUCUGUGGACUUGGAGACGAGCAACGCCCGCUGUCUCGAACUCAAGAACCAUGCCAACAAGCUGGAGGCCUCUCUUGAGAAGGCGGCUGUCCGAAAUGCAACAACACAGGCUCAGAUAGAGAUGUUUGAGCAGGAGCUGACUAGAAUGAAGCUGGCACAUCAACUCGAAGUAAAGGAAGCAGUUCAGAAGGCUACUUCCCAGCUGAAAGACACCAAGGACUCUCAGUUCUCUGAUAAACUGGGAACCAAUCAGCCUCAUUCUAAAUCGAGCAAUGACCUUCCUCAGACCAACAAUGUGAGGCCUGAACAAAUGGCUCAGGAGGACAGAUUAUUAGCACAGAAAUCCAGUGAGAAUUACAAAGAAAUUGGUUCAGAGCUGAAACUUCUUCUGAAAGAGAUGAGAUGUCUGAUCUCUGAUCAACAAACAUCGCCUCGGGAAGCCAUGGAGACCAACAGACGUCCCCAAAGGUCAAAUGAGAGUCGUUCUAGAAAUAAAGCCAAACCACUUCAACCAGUCAACGAACUCAAACAUUUUCCUGUGUUCCAGAAGAAAAAAGCUGCAUUCUCGCAUUAUAGAGUUCCCCCCGCCCCAUCGGAUAUCAGUUGCUAUAGUGAUGAGGAGGUUGAUGAACGUAUACACAACAGGUCAAGGACGGUUGCUGGAACAUAUGCCCUUUUUUUCGCCAGACAACAAAGAGAUGCUGCCAUGACAGCCUUGGAGAUUUGUUGUGUAUUGCGUCACCAGUAUGGGUGCAUUGACUCCAGUCCUCAAUAUUUUACCAAGGGUGUCUCAAAAUUCAUUGAAGAAAGUAGUUACAUGCUGUCACAUGUCCAAUUGCAUACUAAAAUGUACACUUAUUUUUUAGAGAAAAUCAGACAAUCUGACAGGAACGGCAAGCAUCGAAGGAGCAAGUCGGCUGAGGCCCUGUCAAGUCUGGGUGGUGAUUCCAGCCAAUGGAGCGACUACAAAACCUCAGACAUUUCCCCACCUACUGAUAGAACAGCUUAUACUAACAAUUCUCAAGAUGAAAUAACCACCAGUUACAUCAGUACAUCAACCCAUUCUCAGACUGAUCUUGAUUCUGAAUCACUUACCUCCCUUUCUUUGGGAUCUCCAGUAAUGGAGAGUACAAAAGAGGAGGUCAGUAGAACUGGGGGGACACUCCCUGACACUCAGGAGCUCUGCAGACGUCUUGAAGAACGCCUGUCCAGCCUCACCAAGAUGGGAGAUAACUUACAGAAGGAAAACAGAGAGAUGGCAGAUUUGAUGAAGAUGCAGGGCCAAAAGCUUAAGAAGGUGAAAGACACAGAGAAGAAAAUGUCAAUAAGAAAAAAGACUAGAUGAUGUCAAUAGCAAUCAAAAUAAGUUGUGGCCACAUAUAAACACUUAAGUGAUACAUGUAUCACAUUAAUCUGCCUGUCUUGCUGCCCCAUAAGUUCUUUUAAGUCCUGACAGAAUAAUCUGAGAAUAUGGAACAUGAUGAUUACCACUGGGCAUUGUAUGGUAUGAAAAAAAAACUUAAUGCUGUUAAGGAGGUGGAGUUUGGAAGAGUUGGGAAGAGUUAUUCCACUCCAGAGGAUAAUUAUAGGUCGGUGAAGGCUUGCUGCUUUUUAAUGGCUUUUUUUAUCAAAUCUGGACUUGAAAGAAGAGCAAUAACUACUUGAUAUUAAAAUACUGUCUGUGAUGUUCUUCUGUUUUUGUCUGCAUUUAUUUCAAUAUCAUUCCACAAUGAGCGUGUUAUCAUGUUCUUAUUCACAUAGAUAAUCUUGGAUAGUAACGUAAUGCUAUAUAUAUAUAUAUCUUCCUUUUAAUUUAUUUUCUCACAAUAUUGUGAAAAUAUGUAUCUUAUUUUACAAACAUGUAUAUUUUAAUGUAAAAUACAUAUAAUGCAUUUAGUUAUUAGAAGUUGUAUGUACUCGUGUAACCAAGAAUCUUUCAAUGUUUAAAUAUGAUUUUCAAAUAAUCAAAGCGUUAUAUCUUGUCAGUCAGUAUUAUCAUGUUUAAUGAUGUAAAUGUUUAGUGGCCGUACUUGAUCUGUGUCUUUUUUUAAUGAUUUUAAUGUUUUCAUACCAUUUUUAUUUAAUGUACUAUUACUAAAAUAUCUGAUUUUCAGAUCUGAUUUUAUCAUACUUUUUGUUAUUUAAUUGAGUCAAUUUAUUAAAGCAUUCUUCGUGGUCAUUUCAUGAAAGUUUAAUGAUUGCACAAAAACACUUCCAACACAUGAUAUUUGAUAAAAUUAUAAAAAUAUUACUGGAAACAAUUAUUUUUUUAUGAAAUCCUCUUCUCAAAACAAUGAAACAAUAAUUCCACAAUGUUUUUAUUAGAAGUUGUAACUUAUAUUUAAUACUAAAACUGGUUAUUUUGCUGUCAUUAAGGUAUACUAUGUAGUAUUUGAUUUACUCCAUUUUAGUAAUGACUGUCUGUGAUAUUGUAUAAUACAAAUAAAAAGUCGAAGCCAUCAAA